CACAGUACCAAAUUAUAAAUCCAAUUGAUUCGAACGAAAACAAGUGUUGCCCUCCCACAAAAUACAAAAAUCUUCAACAAUGUUGUCAAAGUUUCUUGCUUGAUUUUCAAUUUUUUUUUAAUUUUUUUAAUUGUGGGAGGUAGAAAAGAAAGAAGGGAAAAUGGUGGGAGAAACAGUGGAGAAUAAGCAGAUAAUAUUCAAAGGGUACAUACAAGGAACUCCAAAAGAAACAGAUAUGGAGUUGAGGGUUGGGAAGAAGAUGAAAAUGGAGGCUCCAAAAGGUUCUGGUUCUUUCUUGGUCAAGAAUCUUUAUCUCUCUUGUGAUCCUUACAUGCGUGGUCGUAUGAGGGAUUUUCAUGGCUCCUAUAUUCCCCCCUUCCUCCCUGGUUCUGUUAUCGAAGGAUUUGGAGUGUCGAAAGUAAUCAACUCAGAUAACCCGAACCUCAAACCAGGAGAUAUAGUUUCGGGUUUUACGGGUUGGGAAGAAUACACCUUAAUCCACAAACCCGAGCAGUUGAGGAAAGUUGAGCCGGAUAAUAUGCCUCUCUCAUAUUUUAUAGGCCUCCUCGGCAUGCCAGGUUUUACAGCUUACGUAGGAUUUUACGAGGUUUGUGCCCCAAAGAAAAAUGAGUAUGUCUUCGUUUCUGCUGCCUCUGGAGCUGUUGGUCAACUUGUCGGUCAACUGGCAAAAUUACACGGAUGCUACGUUGUUGGAAGUGCAGGGUCUAGCCAGAAAGUUGAUCUCCUGAAGCAUAAGCUUGGAUUCGACGAAGCUUUCAACUAUAAAGAAGAACCGGAUCUUGAUGCAGCUCUUAAAAGGUACUUUCCACAAGGCAUCGACAUAUACUUUGAAAACGUGGGGGGGUCAAUGCUGGAGGCAGUUUUGGUCAACAUGAGAAUCCACGGUAGAAUCGCAGUUUGCGGAAUGGUUUCUCAGCAAGGAAUGUCCGAUGAAAAAGGGAUCAAAAACUUAUUCAAUCUGAUCUCAAAGCGCGUAAGAAUGCAGGGUUUUCUGCAGCACGACUAUUUGCAUUUGUUUCCGAGUUUUCUCGAAAAAGUCGGGGGUCUUUACAAGGAAGGAAAGAUAACAUAUUUAGAAGACAUUAAUGAAGGAUUGGAAAGUGGGCCUUCUGCAUUUGCUGGUUUGUUUUCUGGCAAAAAUAUUGGCAAGCAGGUUAUCUGUGUAGCUCAUGAAUGAGAGAUUUUCUCAACUUUUGUACUAUUGAAAACUGGUUUAUUUGUCUAUUUAUCAUAUUAUUAUAUUCAAUAAAAUAUGCAUUUAUUUUUAUUUG